AUGUUCCUUGAAGGUAGGUGGCCGAUCCAUACGCUUAACAGCGGCGGAAGCAUGCUUUCUCUCGCAAUAGUAUUCAGAGGGGUUCUGGUUUACUGGUUUAAACGGUAUUUUCAUUUUUUUUUCGGUUUGUUUUCAAUUUUAUCUAUCUAUCUAUCUAUCUAUCUAUCUGGGUACUGCGAUGGUCUCCCACUUUAUCUCUCUCCGAUCCCUCCCACUCCCUCUCUGUCUCCCAUCUCUCUCACUCCCCCUCCUCUUUCCACCUCUCUCAAUCUCCUUCUCUCUCCCUCUCUCACACAUCUCUGUCAAUCCUCCUCUCUCCCUCCCUCUCAUUCUCUCUCCCCAUCUCUAUCACUCCCCUUCUCUGUCCCAUCCCUUUCACUCCCUCUUACUUUCCUAUAUAUCCCAUUCCCUAUCUCUCUCCCAUCUCUCUCACACCCACUCUCUUCAAUCUCACUCCCUCUCUCUCUCUGCCAUCUCCCUCUCUCUCAUUCCCCUUUCUCUCUCCCAUCUCUCUCUCACUCCCCCCUCUCCCCCAUGUCGCUCACCUUCUCUCUGUCCCCUAUCUUACUCUCCUUCUCUCACAUCUCUCUCACCCCCUCUUUCCCAUCUCUCUUACUCCUCAUUCUCACAUCCCGCUCUCACUUCCCCUCUUUCUCUCAUCUAUCUCAAUCCCUCUCUCUCUCCCAUAUCUCUCACUCCCCCUCUCUUCCCAUCUCUCUCUGUCUCUGUCUGUCUGUCUCUCUCUCUCUCUCUCACACACUCUUUCUCUCUUUGUGA